UAAAUGUGGGUAUUGGGGAAUCGCUAUCCUUAUCUUGAAGGGAGGAAAUGUUUUUUUUAAGGUCUACUAAUAUAGCAGUAGUUAAAUGACAUUUAGUUUUCUGCCCCGUAUCUCAAGAGAGAAUUAAACAAAAUGAACCAUCAUCUAGAAAGAGAAUAUCACACAAACGAAGGUUUAAAAUGUAGGAUUUGGGAAGAAAACAAGAAAAUAUGGAGAGUUGGAUUUCCUGCUAUGUUAGCAAGAACAACACAAUACGGAAUGCUUGUAGUAACACAAGCAUUCAUCGGACAUAUCGGAAAGGUUGAUCUCGCGGGUUAUGCGCUUAUUCAAAUCAUAGCUAUUGGCAUUGCAAUUGGGAUAUUACUAGGAAUGUCGAGCGCAACAGAAACUCUGUGCGGCCAGGCAUUUGGCGCGAAACAAUAUCACAUGAUGGGCAUCUACUUGCAAAGGUCGUGCAUCAUUAAUCUAGUUGCCGGGACACUUUUAGUUCCGCUCUUCAUCUUCUCAGCUAAAAUCUUCAAAUUACUCGGACAAGACGAAGAAAUUCCGGAAAAAGCAGGAUACAUCUGCCUGUGGUUCAUUCCAAUUCUGUACUAUUUUGUAUUUUCUUAUACUCUGCAGAGGUACUUACAAAGUCAGCUCAAAAACAGGAUCGUUGGGUGGCUAUCCGCUGCUUCAUUCGCACUACAUGUGAUUCUGUCAUGGAUUUUUGUCAGCAAAUUAAAUUGGGGAAUUCCUGGAGCUAUGAGUGCUUUGAUUGUAUCAAGUUGGUCAAUCAUUAUCGGUACGAUGAUUUACAUAACUUGCGGCUGGUGUCCGAAUACAUGGAAUGGAUUCAGUUUAGCUGCGUUUUCUGAUUUAGUUCCUGUUAUUAAGCUUUCUAUAUCUUCUGGGAUCAUGAUUUGCUUAGAAUUUUGGUACACUGCUAUAUUAGUGUUGGUGGCCGGGUACAUGAAGAAUGCAGCAACUCAAGUCUCUGCUCUAUCAAUUUGCGUCAAUAUUACAGAUUGGGAAUUCUUGCUAUGCAUUGGCUUCUUAGCUUCCGCAAGCGUACGAGUUUCGAAUGAAUUAGGAAGAGGAGACGCUAAAGCAGUCAUAUUUGCAAUUAAAGUACUCAUCGCGGAAUCAACGUGUGUGGGAAUGUUAUUUUUCAUUCUGUUUUUAGCGUUGGACCGCCAAAUUGCAGGAUUGGUCACAAAUGACGCAAAUGUGAUUGAAGCUGUGUCGAAGCUUUCUGUGCCGCUUGCUUUCUCUGUUCUACUUAAUAGCUUUCAAACCGUAUUUACAGGAGUAGCGGUAGGUGCCGGCAGACAGAAAAUAGUUGCAUAUAUUAAUAUAUGCAGCUAUUACAUAAUUGGUGUGCCGAUUGGUGUUAUUCUUGGAUAUGUUGCUCAUUUGCAAAUUACGGGUAUAUGGAUUGGAAUGGUGAUUGGAGUUAUAAUGCAAGUUAUGGCACUUGGUUACAUGAUAUUCGCAACAAAUUGGGAUGAACAGGUAAAAAGAGCUUCAGAACGUCUCAAUCGUUGGUCAUUAAAAGCAUCAGAUGAAUCUAAUAACAUUAUACUUCCAUUAGAAAAGAUUGAAAUCAAAUAAUUUUCUGAUUGUUUUCAAAGAAUUCUCGGCCUAAUCACUGCAAUUUCUUACUAUUUGUCAAUACAAACCACCAACAAGCACGUAUAAUUCUAAUCGAAGACGUGAAGUGUUCGGUGGAUCUAACUGCAGAUAUAAUGGUUACGAGUGGUAAAAGAAAAAAGAUCUAAAGAAGAAGAGUGCAGUAUGGAUGUGCAUGUUGGCUCAUUAUAGAUAACCAACGUCUCUUCAAUUCAUAAGCGAUAUCUAUAUGAUUUAUUAUAUAUAUUGAAUAUUAAUUAAAUUAUUAAAUAUAAUAUUUUUAUUAUUGAUAA